AUGUUUCAUCUGAUAUUUACUAUCAUAGUUUUUGCAUCUAAACAAUGUAACGGUCAGUUAGGUUAUGGUGGUAAUGGCUACUGUUCUACUUGUACACUAAGUAAUAGUGGUUCAAUCUUGCGAGGAUUCGGUUUUGGUGGUGGUAAUUAUGGAAGCUCAUCGAAUACCGGAAAUUCAGAUUUAACUUCUCAAAGCUUAUAUUCAUUACCCACAAAUAAUGCUUUCAUCGUACCAAGCAAUAGCUAUGGCUAUGGUACGAAUGGCUACGGUACUGGUACAGGUUAUGGUGGCGCCCAAACCAGUAAUACUGCAAACUACGGUUCCCCAUCUACGGCCGGGAUGACUUGGAACAACGCUUAUAGUUCUAUUGGAAACUAUGGGACCAGAAAUGGAUAUAUCAAUUGCUACAAUAAUAAUUGUAUACCAAGCUCUGGGUAUAAUGUAGUUCCUAGUGCAUCAGCAAGCAUUGGUACAGGUUAUGAUAUUUCCGGAAACAACGCUCUCUACAAUUCCUAUUCUUCGUUACCAGACACAAACUAUAAAACUUACUCAUUUCCUUCUGCUUAUAGUGUAUACUCUAAUUUAGGAUCACUUCUUAAUACCGGUAAUAGCAAUUCAGCUUUGGAGACUAGUUAUUCAUUACCGGCUACUUACACUAGCUAUCCGACCGUAUACGGUAGUUACGAUAAUCAGGGAAGCGUUAAUUCUCCGAAUAAUUUGAAUUACUUCAAUUAUCAGCGAAAUCGUCAAAUAACAGCUGCAGAUGAUGCUUCCGUAAUGGAAAAAUCUUCAUCAUCGUCUACCUCGAUUUCAUCAUAA